AUGCAGAUACAAAUGCAAACUGAUGGUCCUGAAAAGAUAAUAUUAUUAAAAGAACAUGAAGAACACCAUCAAAUGGCGGAAAUGGCAUAUACAACAAAAAAAUUAGAUAAAGCAAGCAUGGAGACAGAACAUAAUAAAUUAGUGCUAUCAUUUGAUCUGCAGCAGUGCUUACCAACUCCAUGUUUACAUAAUUCAAUUGCCUUUUAUAAAUGUCACCUAUGGACUUAUAAUCUUACCAUACACAACAUGAAAACUGACCAAGCCACCUGA